AUGGGCUCGAAACCAGAAUUACUGCGGCCCGAAACGAACGAACAAGACGGCUCGUUUGAUGAGGAGAAGGGAACAGUUGCUACGGCCGAAAGACCCACACCUGGAGAUGAUGGACAACGAGUUGUUGCUGCAGCAUCACCGCCUGCAUUUGAUCCGAGAGAGAAUCCUGACGGUGGGUUUGAUGCAUGGUUGGUUGUGUUGGGUGCAUUCUGCUGCAUGUUUUGCAGUUUUGGCUGGAUCAAUUGUAUUGGAGUCUUCCAAGAAUACUAUGAGACACAUCAACUCCGAGGAUACAGCACUAGUACGGUAUCAUGGAUUCCAUCCAUGGAGACCUUCUUGAUGUUCUUCUUGGGCCCAUUCAUCGGUUACUUCUUCGACUGUUACGGACCUAGAUACAUCUUGUUGACUGGAACAUGCCUUCAUGUAUUCGGCGUCAUGAUGGCAAGUCUUGCUUCAGAGUACUAUCAGAUCAUGCUGGCUCAAGGUAUCUGUAGUGCUGCUGGAGCAAGCAUGUGUUUCUAUCCAGCAAUGAGUGUGAUGCCGACCUGGUUCUUCCACAAACGCGCCGCAGCCUUUGGCAUAAUGGCUGCCGGCUCUUCAACUGGCGGCGUGAUCUUCCCAAUCAUGGUCAACAAACUCAUCCCCAAGAUCGGAUUCGGCUGGACGAUGCGGGUAUGCGGUUUUCUCAUCCUCGCCCUCAUGAUCGUCGCCAACGUUACCGUGAAAUCUCGCCUUCCUCCCCGACCCAAACCCUUCCACAUCAUGCAAUUCAUCCGCCCGCUCAAGGAAACACCAUACCUUCUUACUGUCCUGGGCAGCUUCUUUUUCUUCUUCGCCAUGUUUUUGCCUAUCAAUUAUUUGAUCUUGCAGGCAGAGACAUUGGGUAUGUCGUCGAGGCUUGCGGAGUAUCUUAUUCCCAUCCUCAAUGGCGCGUCCUUUUUCGGUCGUGUGCUGCCUGGUGUUGCGGCUGAUAAGAUUGGAAGAUACAAUGUCAUGACUAUCAUGAUGUCGUUUACUGGCAUUCUGGUUCUGGCUCUCUGGAUGCCUGCUGCCUCUAAUGCACCUAUCAUUGUCUUCGCCGCUCUGUACGGUUUCGGCAGUGGAUCGUUCGUCUCACUGGCUCCAUCUUUGGUUGCUCAGAUCUCCGAUGUAAGAGAGAUUGGAGUCAGGAAUGGAACAGUGUUUGCGAUCAUCUCGUUUGCCGCACUGUGUAGUAAUCCUAUCGGUGGUGCGCUGGUCGCACAUUGGGACGGGGAGUACACUGGCCUACAGAUCUUUGGCGGUAUCAUGGCUUUGAGCGGUGCUUGCACUAUUCUGGCUGCGAGGAUCGUGUUGGCUGGAACUAAAGUUGUGGCUAAGGUGUAG